GCAACACGGUCACUGUUAUCAGCCACACGGAGAUGAGCAAGGGACGCGCCCAGGACUCAGUGGCUCAGUGUUCGUCAGGCACGAUGGCUAUCAAGACGCUGCUGCUUCUGUUCGCUGCCACGCUGAUCCAAGCGGCCCUUGGGUUCAGACUUGAAGAGUCUGAUCCAUCCCAGGCUCACUUAGAGAAAGGAUGGCCAUGUCCUAAUAUAACGGAAAUAGACCCGUGUGUGUGCAUCAGAAAUGGUUAUAUUCUGAGCCUUGAUUGUUCUAAAGUAACAAAUGAAGCCCAGCUACAGACUGUGUUCAAGGCGUAUUUUCCAUUUGAAAAUUUUACCCUUCUAACCAUUGUUGCAAAACCAUCAGAACCGCGAAUUGAUAUCAAAUCUUUAUCCGCCGAUAUCUUCCAGAACGUGACAUUCGCCAACAUCAGGAUCAGUCACACCAAUCUAGGUUUUAUUCACCCAACUGUGUUCGAUAAGUGUGCUCCACACCUCGAAACACUCGCUGUAACUGACAGCUUUAUCACCAUUUUCCCAUUUGAAGUGGUGGACAUAGCACCAUUACUGACCGACCUUCGUGUCUUUAGAAAUAACAUCAUACAUGUACCAGAAAUGACUUCUGAUUCCUUGAAUUACCUGCAUAUCGCUUACAAUCCUGGCAUACAGUUCGGUGACCACGCCUUUGAGGCUCUGCCAAACUUGGAGUAUUUGGUUGCUAAUGACAUUGAUCUUACACAUGUAGCUGCGAAUGCAUUUUACAAAAACAAAAAUCUCAAGUACCUGGACCUGAGUCACAAUUCAAUAGAAACGCUCUACAAAGAUUCCCUCAAGUUCCAGAGUCCCAUUGAAGAAAUCAAACUGAACUCAAAUGACAUCCAUACUGUUGAAGUGGGCGCCAUUUCAGGACUAGGAAACGGCCAGUUCACCUUCCUAGGGAUGCAUAACAACUUUGUGGCGGACUUCCAUAAGCCGGUGUGGGAGACAGUCUUCAAGAGCGUGGUUGGCAAAGUUCGCACUUUUGUAUUUGAUGAUAAUCCGUUAGUGUGCAGCUGUGACAUGCUGUGGUUGUUGAAUAACUCCGACCACUUGGACACCAUUAGCUACGGCGCUAAUUGCGUUGACACUGGCACUGAGAUACAUAAUGUUAAUGUUGAUUUCUUAAACCAUACCUGCCUCAAAUAGACCUCUGUAUCCCAACCAUAGUCUCUGAUAUCUACGUUGCCAUGUAAUUGUGUAAUAUAUAUAUACUUGUAAGAGAAACAAAAUAUGUCAACAUCCCAACUAUUUGACUCCACUGCUUCAUAUGUGUGGUAGGAGGAGGCACUGGUGUAGCUUGGCAGCAUUACAGUAUAAUUUUACCUAUUCAUUGAUUAGGCCCGCUAGCAAAUGUUGCUCCUGGAUUCGUUAGCUUCUGUUUCAAUCUUCUCGUGAGAUACAUUACUUGUAUGAUUAAAAGUAUUUCUAAAAGAUAAUUUUGAUCUGGUUUCAUAUCCUGAUUAAAAGAUUUCACAUUCGAGUGAAGAACAUGGAGAAAAGUGUAAUUAAAGUACAGUAAUCUUGUUGUAAAUAAAGAUUGCCUUUA